AUGGCACCUCUGUUCCUCCCGUCUUUCCUCGGCUCCCUGACUCGGCAGCUGUCUCAGGUUGCGCGGUGUGCGUCUGUCGCCUGUCUUCCUGCUGCUGGAGCACGUCGGUGCUUUUCCUCCAUCAGUGCUGCUGUGGUUCAGGCGAGAGGAAGCUUUCAGGCUCAGCACAAUCCAUUCCACACACUGUUCCUUGGACAGAAGCAGCAGUGUGUCGCCCUGCAGCCUUCAAUGGGCAUGAAAACCAAAACAUCUCUGAAGAAACGUUGUAAAGACUGCUUUUUUGUCCGUCGCCGUGGGCGACUUUAUGUCUUUUGCAAGAGUCACCCGAGGCACAAACAGCGGCAAGGCUGA